UCUCAGAGAUGUCUCUCCAAGAGUCCCCCCGUGAUGAAGAGGAGGGUUUCUACACGCAGUGCAGAGCCUCGUACCUCGCUGUGUUCAGGUCCAGUUUGUCGAACAUCACGUCGAAGCAGCAGCUGGGUCGCGUUCUCCAGCAAGCAGGAAGAAAUCCAUCCCUUGCCACUCUCAGUAAAUACUGGACCCCAAGAACGUCCAAACUGAACUUUGAUGACUUCUGUGAGAUUCUCAAGUGUGAGAAGAAAACCGAGGAGACGGAGCUGAUGACAGCGUUCAAAAAGAUGGAUGUUAACGGCGACGGCUACAUCACACACAGCGAACUGGAAAUGGCGCUGACCACUAGUGGAGAAAAAAUGACGCCUGAGGAGGUGAACACCAUUUUCACAUUAGCUGACAUCAACAAGGACGGCAAACUAAACUAUGCAGAAUUCUGCAGAUUGCUGGUGUCGACGGUGGAACAGUGUCAGGUGGCAGCUUUGGAGAGGCUCGAGGCUGAUGCUAAGCUGAAGAUACAGAACUUUGGCAGUCAGUCAUACAGCCCUCCGAAGAGCGCAGUGUCGUCAGCCUCCUCAGCAGCAGCAGCUCAGCCUCAACCUCCAGAAACACCAGACCCGACACUCAGAAAAGACAGCCGAUCGUCCUCUCGUCCUUCCUCUGCUCGCAGCCGACGGUCGUCUCUGGCGAACUCAAUCAAUAUGACAUCCAGCAGCUCUAGGUCCAGCAAAGUACCAGAGCCUGCAGGCUUACAGGAGUGGCACCACAGUCACAUGAAAGGAUGUUUCUUCUUGGAGGAUGAUGGGAGUGUCGGCUCUCUGCAGUACCAGCUCCACAUCCCGCAGACAUCCAGCGUCUACCUGACCGUCCAACCACAAAGCCUCAGCCACAGACCUGACAAGUCUCCUCCCUGGAUGACGGUGGAUACGGUUCUUUUCAUUAUGUCGGCUGGUGAAGCCAAAGAAGACUCUGUAGUGCAUUUCACUGAGUCAAAAGACAAAGAGAAGUACAUUUGGAAAGGAGAACUGAACACUGGGACGUACUUCCUGCUUCCCUUCACCAGCGGCUGCAGACUUAAGAAAAGGAGCAAAAAUGAUCUUCCUGACAAACCUGUGGAGCUCGUCUACAGGACGGACUCUGGAGAGCUGGACCUCACCAGGGAGCUCAGGGAGGCGCUGUCUGACAUCUUUGAGGUUAUAGACCUGGAUGGAAACGGUCUCCUCGGUCUGGAGGAGUACAAUUUCUUUGAGCUCAGGACCAGUGGAGAGAAGUGUGACAAGGAGGCCUGGGCUGUCUGCAAAGAAAACUUUGAUAUGAGAAGCAAUCAACUGACCAAGCAGGGCUUCAUGGAGCUGAACCUGAUGGAGGCCACAGAGAAGGAUGGAGACCCCGCAGACCUGUGGGUCAUCCUGGAAGCCAUGGGCUACAACCGCAUGCUGGAGCUAGUCGAGGCUUGUCCAUUCCAGAUAGAUGUACAUUGUGAAGACACGCCGCUGUCUCUCCAGCCACUCAGUAUGGACACAGGGCCCAAGCUCCUGAACCAGGCCCUCCAGAAGUCCAUCAUAGCCAGGACAGGGGCCAAAGCACUGAGGGGACUAGAUAAUGUUUUCAUCUACACCUACCGAGGAGAGCACAGGAUCUCCUCACUCAUAGCUAACAAGACCAACCAGAAAGUGACUGUGCACAUAAACAACGAGCAGAACAGGAACUGCAGCAGCAGCAGAGGCAUGAGUGUGUUCGCUGUGGAGGUGCCAGCCCGGACCAAGAUGGUUUGCCAACACAUUCUACCCAUCAGUGACAAACAGGACUGGACCUAUAAUUGUGUGGAGACGAUACUAACCUGCACAUGAAGAUGUGCUGCUAUGAAAGAUUUAAUGCUCAACUGUGCCACUGCUACAGAAAAGUGAUGGACCACUUGCUUUUAAAUAUAUGAUUCAUAGAUUGUUCUACAUCCACUGGUAAUAUGAAAGACAUUGUUAAUGGUUGGACCAAAUGAUUGUGAUGUGUAAUUUUACAAAAGAAACACUGCUAAUCAUUUCUUUUACAAACCCUGAAUUCACGUGUUUUCAGAUCCCAGCACCAGGAGCGGAGACAUUUGAUCAGACCCACCUGCAGCUCAGUGCAUCAGCUGUUAAACACUGAUGGUCACAGUUCAAAUACCACUGAUAGUGGUGACUGCUGCUUUUGUGCCUUUGUAUGUGUGACAUAUUGUGUUAAUGUAGAGAAUUUCAAAAUUCCCUUCAAAUUGAUUAACAUUAAAGACCAAAGGUUAGAAUGUCAGCAUGGCUCUUUUAUUCAUGAGUCAUCAUUUAGCUCUCUUUAAAAUCACAACAAAGUUUUCUGACAACAUUAGAAAAGAGAGAAUUAAACAUACAGUUGAUGUUAUUAGCUACGAUGGCGCCGAAUUGUGAGGAGGAGCCUAAAGCUGGUCAUAACAUGAAGGUAACACAGCUUCACAUUGAAAUUAGAUGUAGAAGUUUUUACACUAAGUCUGUGUUACUCUGUAGAUAUCAGCCACCACCGUCCCUGCUCUUUAUACAGUCUGGGGCUGUGAGGAUUUAGUGUUGGCCAUGAAAUGCAUUCCUCUGUAUUGCAGUCAGGUCUAAACUUUAUUCGCCCUUGGCCUUUGCAGCUGAGAACAGUCUUGACCUCCUAUUUAUAUCUGGCUGGUCAUUAUUUGCCCUUUGACUUUCUCUGCUGAAACAGUAGAGCCAGUGAACUAAAUGUCACAUGACAUGUGAGAGGAACAGUAUUUAAUGUCCCGAGCCCCUGUCUGCUCUUCCUUUCCCAGCACAGAGGGUUAGUGACGCUCGACUGCUCGGGGGCUAGCUGGCUUUCAGGAGCUGUGAGCCAAACUGGACAACUACAGUACUGGACUGUUAAUUAAACUCUUUUUAUAUGUAGUUAUAAGGAAAGUUUAAUUUGUGUGACAUGAUUCAUUGUGAUUUGUGUGACAUGAUUUUCUUCAAAAUUAAAAAUCAUACAAUGCCA